AUGAUUGUCCUCCGUUCCCCAUUCUCUAACUCCUCCGCUAUCGAUAACUUCUUCGAUGAGCUCACUGGCCCUGUCCAGCUCCCUUACUGGAGGGAUGCUGACCACAGCUCCUUUAAUUUCUCGGAUACUGUUGGAGAGAUCAUCAACAACGAAUCUAAAUUCUCUGUUCAAGUCGAUGUCUCCCACUUCAAACCAGAAGACCUCAAAAUUGAACUAGAUGGAAGAGAGCUGAAAAUCGAAGGAUGUCAGGAGUCGAAAUCAGAACAUGGUUACUCAAAACGAUCCUUUUCACGAAUGAUUUUAUUGCCGGAAGAUGCAGAUCUGACCGCUGUAAAAUCCGCGAUUUCCAACGAUGGAAAACUUCAAAUCGAGGCGCCAAAGAAGGCGAAUUCUUCAAGAUCUAUUCCAAUUAACUUUGUCGCUAAACAUUGA